CACGGUUCGAACAAUUCGAACGGCAUGCAGGCCGCGCUGGUUCAUAAAGAUCCCUCCAGCAGGCUCCUCGGUGCAGACCUCGGUCCUUGUCCCCCUACCAUUCUCUGUCACCGUCAACGCAUGGCAAGCGGUGAGGAACGGUCCAAGCAGCCCGAGCGCUGUGAACCACCCAGAGGCUCUAAUGAUCACGACACUCAUGAGACUACGUCGCAGCUGUAAAUAGUAUGGAGAAAUCCAAGGAACAACUCGAACGUCCACCGUCCGAGAAGCCUGCAUACAGCAUCUAUACAUCAGACGAGAAGUGGUUCAUCGUCGCUGUGGCGGGUCUUGCAGCCCUGUUUAGUCCAUUUACUGCGAACAUAUAUUUCCCCGCCAUCCCGACGAUCGCGAAUGCUUUCAAUCGCUCGAUCGAAGACAUAAACUUGACCGUCACGGUGUACAUGGUCGUACAGGGAGUUUCUCCCAUGUUCUGGGGGACCCUGGCCGACCGUUGGGGACGAAGGCCAAUGUUCAACGCAUGCAUGCUCAUCUUAUGCCUCGUUUGCGUCGGGAUGGCCCUCAUGCCCACGAACGCAUAUUGGCUUUUGAUGCUCCUGCGCUGUUUGCAGGCGGCAGGUUCAGCAAGUACCGUGGCCUUAGGGGCUGGCGUGAUCGCAGACAUUGCUGAGCCCAAGGAGCGUGGUAUGUACUAUGGCAUCUGGAAUAUCGGUCCUAUGGUUGGACCAUGCCUCGGUCCCGUCCUCGGCGGUGUACUCGCCGAGGGUCUCGGCUGGCGCUCUAUAUUCUGGUUCCUGGCCAUAUCAUCUGGGUUGUGCUUCCUGCUCAUCCUCGCCUUGAUGCCCGAAACGCUACGCGCAUACGUCGGCGACGGGAGCAUCCCGCCUCCGCGCGGCUACCAACCAUUCAUCCCCGUCAUUGGUCGCAAGCGCAAGUCCAGCGCUCCUCUCGAUCCAUCUGCACGACCACUCCGACGCGGUUUCAUCAACCCGUUCAGGUUGUUCCUCCUACCCGACGUCAGCCUGCUGCUCUUCUUCAACGGUGUCGUAUACGCCGUCUUCUACGGCGUCACGACGAGCAUCUCCACGCUGUUCCAGGACACAUACCCUUACCUCACCGAGACGGAGGUCGGCCUGUGUUUCCUUGCGAUCGGCGGGGGUAUGCUCAUCGGCGGCAUCGUCACGGGGAAGGUCAUCGACCGCGAGUACAGGCGCGUGAAGGACCAGAUGAUCGCAGCGUCUGAAAAGGAGACGGACCCAGAGAAGAAGCUUAGCCCAGAAGAGGUGACGAAAGAGGAACACUUCCCUAUCGAGAAAGCGCGCCUGCGGCUCAUGCCCCUCUACUUGGGCUUGUUCGUGGUGAUGUGCUAGUGUACGGUUGGCUUCUAGAUGCCAAGGUCAACAUCGCCGGCCCCUUGAUCGUUCAGAUUUGGGUAUGCUUGGUGGCGACGAUGAAUGUAACGCAGACCAUCAUCGUCGACCUCGCACCUGGCCAGAGGCAUCCGUGACAGCUUGCAAUAAUCUUGUGCGGUGCUCCCUGGAGCGGCACUUGUCUCUGUCAUCGACAUCAUGCUCAACCGUCUAGGGACGGGUGGACAUAUGUUCUCCUCUCAGGGAUCUGUGUGGUCCUCUCACCUAUCAUGCUCUUCACUUACUAUAUGGGUCCACGAUGGCGCGCACGUCGCCGAGCGAAACGACAAGCCCAAGAGGCUACC